GGGGGGAAAAAGGACUUUUAUUUGCACAAUUUCCACAUAGAUAACUUCCCUUUCCCUUUUUUCCCCAUCAUUUUUAUAUCCCAUUUCUUUGCAUCCAAACACGCCGCUGUUCUCUCUCCUCUGUUGCAAAAUCAGAUCCGUUCCAACUCCGCCGUAAGCACCGCCAUGAGCAAACCCCACGGCCACCACCCGCCGUCCGGCCGCACGAACUUGGCCUCCUGUAUAGUCGCCACGGUCUUCUUAAUCUUCCUCGUCAUCAUCGUCCUCAUCGUCUUCUUCACCGUCUUCAAGCCUCAGGAUCCGAAGAUCGCCGUUUCCGCCGUCCAGUUGCCAUCCUUCUCCGUCGCCAACGGCAGUAUCAAUUUCACUUUCUCUCAGUACGUCUCCGUCAGAAACCCUAACAAAGCCUCUUUCUCUCACUACGACAGCUCGCUUCAGCUCCUCUACUCCGGUUCUCAAAUAGGAUUCAUGUUCAUUCCCGCCGGUAAAAUCGACGCGGGUCAGACGCAGUACAUGGCAGCGACAUUCUCCGUCCAGUCAUUUUCGUUGGCCGCUCCAGUCGCCGCCGUUGGAGCUGGACCGACCUUCUCGGAGGGAAUGAACGGGUACAGAAUCGGACCGACGCUGGAGAUUGAAUCGAAGAUGGAUAUGGUGGGUAGGGUUAGGGUAUUGCACUUCUUCACACACCAUGUGGAAGUCACAUCGAGUUGCAGAGUCGCCAUUGCUGUAAGUGAUGGAUCUGUGUUAGGUUUCCAUUGCUAAUUCUUCUUCUUCUUGUUUGCCUCUGGAAAAUUUGGUCAGUUGAGUGUUGAAAUUCUCAUACUCUUUAAGUGUAAAAAAGAAAAAAAAAAAAAUCUCAAAAGAUCUUGAGCUCUUUCUGUGUCUCCCUUGAGUAAUUUGUGCAAUUGAAUUGCAGAGUGAUUCUGAUCUUA